AUGACCAAGGAUCUCUUUCAUUUCAAUCUUUGCGGCACUGAUGGAUACAAAGCAAGACUAGAAGCGAUCAUGGAAGCGAAUGAACGAAUCCGAUCAGAGGUUGAACGAAGAACCGCUGGCACAAAUUUUAAGAAAACAACUGCGGAUACGAAGACUCAUGCAGGAGUUAGCGCUAUCGCUAGUCGGUUCGCUGGGGCAAGAAGGGCGUCUGCGGCGGUCGUUAGUAGUGUUGGAGGCCUUGGAAGAAGAAUGUCGAGAGCUUUGUUCAAAAGACAAAAUACUGUCGGUUGA